CUCUGCAGUUUGUCAGAGAUCAGCUGUGCUUCUCUGGCCUCAGCUCUGAAGUCCAACCCCUCCCAUCUGAGAGAGCUGGACCUGAGUGGAAACGAGCUGCAAGAUUCAGGAGUGAAGCUGCUGUGUGGUUUUCUGGAGGAUCCACACUGCAGACUGGAGACUCUGAGAUUGAGGGGCUGCAGUUUGUCAGAGAUCAGCUGUGCUUCUCUGGCCUCAGCUCUGAAGUCCAACCCCUCCCAUCUGAGAGAGCUGGAGCUGAGUGGAAACGAGCUGCAAGAUUCAGGAGUGAAGCUGCUGUGUGGUUUUCUGGAGGAUCCACACUGCAGACUGGAGACUCUGAGGUCAGUUCACUGACUCUCUGUUACUCUUGUAGAUCUGAUAUGUUUAAUUAACAGUUGAUUGAUGUUUGGUAAGUGCACCAACAAACUGGGCGAGCUGGUGAGGAAGGCCGGCUCGGUGGUGGGGAUGGAAGUGGACAGUGUGGAGGCAGUGACUGAGAGGAGGAUGAGAGGGAAGCUGAAAACCAUCAUGGACAACCCCUCUCAUCCUCUCUAUGCUGAGCUGAGGCAGCUCAGGAGCUCCUUCAGCCACAGACUCAUCCAGCCCCGAGCCUCAAAGAGCUUUGGAGGCUCAUUUGUGCCGUCAGCCAUCAGGCUCCACUAGGGGUGUGGAAAAUAACUGAUCUUUAGAUGCAUCGUGAUGCGGACUUGGACGAUUCUGAAUCCAUUGACAGAUGUCAGUAAUGGAUUAUCUAGAGGUUAACUGAUAACGUAAUGUUGACGGAACGAAAAAGGCAUGUAUAACAUGUAUAAUCAUAAAUACUCUAUAUAUAAAAUACCUCUGAAGGUACUACAUGUGCUUACACAUCCAAAAGUACCUCCAGAGAUUAGUUUGAAACCAGGACACAACAAAAUACUGUUGAACAGUUCACAACAUCCUCCGACUGCUUUUAACCUACAGUAUUAGGUUUUAACCCGCCCAUUUAAGCUAGCAUCACGCUGCACUUUUAGCUCUCUGCUAAAGGUUACAAACUUUACUCACCGGAGUUUCCAGGAAAAAAAGUGGCAAAUGGCGGCUUUCAGAAAUCUGGAGUGAUGGUGUUUUUACACGUAAGACCUGCUUCUGGGCCCGUGGGAUCUCGUUUUUCCAACUGCGUCUUAGCCGCUUCUCUCUGUUCUUCCUCGGUGCGGUCUGGCGCUAAAGUGACUGCACACUGUUGGAACUACUGGAUGCGCCGAGGGUCAAAAUAGCGCUGCUUUAAGGCCCGUAUUUUUUAUGUGGGCUACAGUCUAUGAUAAGGAAACACGGUUGAGAUGGGCGGUUUAACCAGAAACCGUAUUUUCACCUGUUUCCUGUGUUAAACACAAAGUCAAUAUUGAGUUUUUUUAGUUUGCCUUUGGAACGCAAGUAAUGUUCAAUUUCAAAACGUUAUUCACUAGUUUUAUUUUGAAAGCGUAACUGGACGUAUUUAUUGUUGCUAACUUGACGGCGAGACGUCCAAAAACGACACCAAAGGGGUGUUAACCCAGGCCGUAAAAAAGCUGAGACUUAAGAAGCCUAACCUGACAUUAUUUUCAGUCUCCUUUGUAAUGCUUUGUAGGGCCUAAGAUAGUCCUUACUAAAGACGGAAAAUACUUAAUUUCCUUAAACUUUCUACAUGAUCGUAUGAAACACAGGCGCAUAUGUAUAGUUUUUCAUUGGAAUAAUACUUUUUAGAUUAGAUUAGAUUCUUUAAUGUCCUUUUCAGGAAAUUUGUUUCCACAAUCUAUACGUACAUUACCUCACAUAUACACAGCAUGAACAUACAUAACAACGUGCUGUACAUUUUAUACACAAAUUAACACCCAAACCAAGACAUAACUUUUUCUUAGCAAGAACU